AUGUCGGGUAGAUCUUGGGCGAAAGGCGGUGCAGUUUGCGCUGCGGGAAGGUCCUUGGUCGAGAAUUCGCUGCUGGGUCCGGGUUCUGAUGAUCUCGAGGAAUCGUCGGGUGAUUUCAGCGGGUUCGAAAGUAUUUCGUUCAGAAGUUGUUCUAAAAAUUUGUCAUAUGGUCUACAAAACGAAAGACUCGACUCGUCUCCACCUCAGUCGCGCAAAAUGCCGCGAAUCGUCGUUGCCCUGGCGUUAAUCCACUGCGUUUUCGGCGCGGAGAGUUUCUUCCCCGAAGCCAGAAUUGCGAACAACCCGACCAUCGACAACCCGGUGAGGAGGUUUUUGAAACACUACAACUCCCUUAAGCCAGUCGCCCUGCUAGUCGACGACACCGCCGAAAGCACCUUCGCCGCGAAGGAGUUUCUAAAAGAAGCGCUCGAAGCAGCGCGGGGAACCAAACAAAUCCAGUACUUCGUAUCAAAGUUCAACGAAACAGGUGCCUCCACGCCAAUAGGAAUCCCAGGAACGGACGCCGAAAGCAUCUACGCACUCAUCGAUGGCGGAACGGGAACGGAAAACUCGGAAUUGGGACACAAGAAAUCGCCGGGGAGCGUCUUGUUUUUCGCCACUUGGAACGCCGUCGCCGCCAUGCCCCCGGACGGGGCGGCGCUCAUUUUCACCGACAGGAACCCGACCGACGAGGAUCUAGCCCAACACGCGGAAAUAGUGAGGAAAAAAAAUAUCAAAGUUUACGUAAUUUGGGGUGGUCCCCUAACCACAAACGAUCAACACCUUCUUAAAGAACUGUGCUCGUUCUCCGGUGGAUUAUUCCUAACCGAAGGCGUUAGAGAUUUAUCGAGCUACAACUACAGGAGAUUCAUCAACAGCAAAUCCAACACCAGCACCUCGGUGCUAGUCCUGAAACGCAACGUGUCGUCGCCGCUGAGCGUCCCGUUUCCCGUCGAUUCGGAAGUCACCUGCGUGGAGCUGGUGCUCCAGCCGGCGCCCGCGAGGGCCGCUCUGGUGACGCCGACAGGGCGGCGCAUCGACGUGGCCGACGACGCCUCGAUCGCCGGCUACGGGGCCGGCUCGUUCGGCGUCCGGCAGCCCGGCGGCAGGGAGGUGCGCCUGCAGGACGUCGCCGUCGGCGCGUGGCGGCUCGACGUCGAACCGCCGGCGGGCGGUUGCAACGUGUCGGUGUUCGCGUGCACCGGCCUCACGGCAAGCGCUCAUUAUGUCUUCAAUAAAGAUAAUGGAACUAGUAAAACAAACAGAAAAAUAAAGCUAGACCUGGAAGGGCAUUUAAAAAACAUCAACAACAUUGCUUUUAUAGACCCAAAUGGAAAUUUAAUAAACAACGAUAUAGAAUAUAACAUUACGAGCGCGUCAGAACAAAACAAAAACGUAAACAUUGAAUUUAAGAGAAUCCCUAAUGAAACGGUCCAACUUCUUGUACAAGGAACAGACAUAGAAGGAAACAAAUUCUCUAGAUUAACCUACGUCAAUAAUAAUUUCAACAGCAACAAUCCAUUCCCCCAACAAACAGUGUUGAUUGACGUAGGGGUAGGUUCCCAGCUAAUUACAACCGGAGGCAGAUCAUCGAUUAUAACAUUCGAAGUAACGAAUUUGAAAAACACCGCUGUAGAUGCGAGAUUUUACUGCUCAGAUGAGCGGUCCAUUUUGGGGAGCCUGCAACCCAUUAGGACUCUCAUCGCGCCUAAAGAAAUGGCAGUGGUAACAUUGACUUUGUCAGUCAAAUACGGUUCUUAUCAAGAUUUAAUAACCUUCGUAGUUUCGGUGGGAUCGGAAUUCAUAUAUAAAAGAGUAGUAGUGGACGUGGGCACGUCGCAAGUUACUUCAGAUAAACAACCACCUUAUCUAGAUUAUUCUUAUUUAAGCGAUUGUUCAAAGGUUGUAUUUUCCAAUUGUGAGCAAGGAACGUGGACUAUUGAAGCAAAAGCAAAAGAUAGUGAAUCAGGUUUGCUGCAACUCACUUCGAACCCGAAAGGUUUGUAUAUUGAAAACGGUUUUACGACGGGGACUACAGAAGAGGUUUCCGGAAUAUACAGUGAUUCUUGUUGCAAUGCAGAUUUGCAGCUGACUGCUAUCGAUAGAGCUAAUAACAGGCGAACAAUUACAGUCAAUGCUUUCAAGGCUGCGUGGGGACCUGGACCGAUAGCUGCUUUAGUUUUAGGAAUAAUCUUGUUAAUAUUACUGAUUGUAUUGAUAGUGUAUUUAAUCAGAAAGUGUCUAAAAAAGAGAGAAAACUACAACCUUCCAACGUAUAGAGGGAGAAUAUGA